AUGGUUAAGCAAGUUAGCUUAGGUUCUGCUUUAGCAAAUUGCAUUAAUCUCUCAAAUUUGACACUUUACCUUUCUAACAAUUAAAUUGGUGAUGAAGGUGCAUCAGGCUUAGGUUCUGCUUUAGCAAAUUGCAUUAAUCUCUCAAAUUUGACACUUUGGCUUUAUGACAAUUAAAUUGGUGAUGAAGGUGCAUCAGGCUUAGGUUCUGCUUUAGCAAAUUGCAUUAAUCUCUCAAAUUUGACACUUAAUCUUUAUAACAAUUAAAUUGGUGAUGAAGGUGCAUCAGGCUUAGGUUCUGCUUUAGCAAAUUGCAUUAAUCUCUCAAAUUUGACACUUUACCUUUAUGACAAUUAAAUUGGUGAUGAAGGUGCAUCAGGCUUAGGUUCUGCUUUAGCAAAUUGCAUUAAUCUCUCAAAUUUGACACUUAAGCUUUAGUAAAAACAGUUUAUUUGUUUUGGAUUGUGA